UUCAGAUUUUCAUCUGUUUGAAAUGUCAGUGAAGUGAAAAAGGUGAACAAGGACAAGUGAAGCUUCGUCACCCACAAUGGGCGACCCGAUAACUUUCCCACAACUUCUGGUUCUGUCAGCGUUUGGGAUCGUAUUUGUCGCAUGUGUGGCCUCUGCAACCAACAACACAACCCAAGGUUUCCUGACCCCUGGAAUCAGCUCCACGUCCCAGGAAUCAUGCCCAGGAGACGUCCUGCUGGACGUCAGCCGCAGCGUAUUUGCAGCGGUGGACUCGCUGGUGGGAGAACUUUCUUGUAAAAGGAAGGAAAAUGGAAGCCAGACUGAAGACUCGUUCAUGGAGGUGGAACAAAACAUCCGGCGGAUUGUUAACUCGUCUAUUAAAGUCUUUUCAGACUUGGGCACCAAUCUGUCUGGAUUCGAUGUUUUGGAACAAAUUGGGAUCCUGGACAGCCUGAGCGUGGAUGACUACAACGACCCGGCAUUCAUCAGGCUCUGGUUCUCUCUGAAGAUGACUUUCCUGUUGCCUUUUGUCACUGACAGAUUCCUCUUCCAGCUUGGCAACAGGAACUUCAGCUGCACUUCCUUCCAAGAACUGGUGAAGUCUCUCAGUGAAGGACUUGAGGCGUCUCAGACAACAGAGAGGAAACAAAUCUACAGCAACUUCAUUCGGGUGUAUCUGACAAGAAAGAACACAGCAGAACCUGGAUGCACAGAAAAUGUGGCAGGAAUUGAAGAAUGGCUGGAAAAAAACAUUCGGAGCUUUUUGGUCUUUGCAAGACUUCAAGACCUCAAAACAAUGAACAGAAAUUUUUCUGGAAGUGAAGUGGUGGAGAAGCUCUCACCACAGCAGAGAGCAGAGCUGAUCCUGGAUCCAGACAGCGGUGUUUUGGACAAUGCCGACUUUGUCAGAAUAAUCAUCAAAAACCUGACAAUGUUUGGAGAUGAUGAGCAACUGGACCAGUUUUUUCAGAUGUUUUCACUACUAAGCAAAGAGACAAACACAACCUACAUCCAAAAUGUGGCGGUACGAGAGACCAUCUUAAACCUGACUCUGAGCAGCCUGGCUCUUAAAUUUGACAACUUUGAGGUACAAGACUACCAGCUGUGGUUUCAAGUUUAUUUGAUUCCUGUGAUAGCAAGCAUCCAACCAGACAGCCUGCGGGUGAUACCCGGUAACAUCAGCUGUGAAGCCUACGGAGCGAUAGUCACUGGCCUAAUGGAAAGCCUGAAGAUCCUGCCACCGCAAAUUUCAAUGGACGUGAGGUCAAGCCUGGAAUCACUGCAGGAGGCCUUCCCAGAUUGUGCAACACUGGAUUCUUUCACGUGCAAAGACACACACGUUGAUGACAGCUCUCAACUCCACGCACUGGAAGAUGACAAUUCUACUGAAGCCGUGUGCAACUUCACCAUCACUGAACACGCCUGUGCCCCGACAAGACGACUCUCAGCAGAAAACUUGGCCACGCUCUUGAAGUGCUCUCUGGAAAGCAACCGGAUGUACGUGGUGGAAGUUUGGCAGCUUCUUUUCCAAAAAGCUUCUCCCGUACUCAGACAGGCUCUGGCCUCAUUCUCCGCCACGGCUCAACUGAAGAGUGAAGAUUUUGUUAGAAGCUGGUUCCAGAUGGAUCUCGGUCCAUUCCUGGCCUCCCCGUCAACAAAUUUCCUCUUCUGCCUUGGCACCUACAACUUCAGCUGCCAGACCUACCAGAUUGUCAUCGGAGCAUUCAGCAACCAAAGCCCACUGAUGGACAACGACAGAAAGCGAGCAGUCUUUACUCACUUCAUCCAACCAUUCCUUUCCAGAAAGGAUUUGCCAGACCCAGGCUGUGUGUCAUCUGCCAAUAGUAGUCAGCUCUGGCUACAGGCCAACUUUGGCAAUUUCUCUCAAUUUGCCAGCGUAGAGGAUCUGCAAGCCCUUUAUCCCAACUUCUCCAGUGCCGAAGUCCUGUCGAAACUGUCUCCCUCUCAGGUAGCAGAGUUUCUGCUGAGCACAGACAUCUCGAAUGACACACGACUUGUCGAUCGAGUCUUUGAGCGACUGCAGGUUGGAAAUGCUGUUGAAAACGUGGACGCAUUCUUUACCAAACUUACAGAGAAGGAGGUCCCAGAGUUUCAAGUUGACGUCAGAGAUCGCAUCAUGAACAGGACCUACAUCAUCGUCGGUCCCUCUUUCCCAGAGUUCCCUGAAAAGGAUCUUUUUGACUGGUUCCAUGUCAAACUGGUCCCGGUUCUCCCAAGUUUCACUCCACAAAUGCUCCAAGAUGUAAUCACCAACAUCAACUGCACAAAAUACCAUGUCAUCGUGAGUGGGAUGGGCAAAGUGUGUCUUGCCGUAGCUCAGGAAAGACAAGAAGAAAUUGCAGCUGUUUUGCUGCAGUACCUGAAAAACUCUGCUGAUGUCAUCAACCGGCCAGCUUGCAGGGUAAACAUCCAGACCGAUUCCCAGUGGGUGGAAACAAACCUGGGCCCAUUUUCUCAAUACGCCACAUAUUUUGAGCUCAAAUUCUUCAACCUCUCUCAGGGAGCACUUGUGAGCGUUCUUUCACCCAAACAGAAAGCUGAGCUUCUGACAGAUCCAGGCAGCAAUGCUCUGGAGGAUGCCACCCUCGUAAAGGAGGUGCUCACAAACUUGACAGAGCCCGGCAAUGUGGAGCAGCUUGGUCAGUUUUUCCUGGUGUUCACACAGUCACUCCAGCAGACAAACACAACCUACAUCCAAAAUGUGGCGGUACGAGAGACCAUCUUAAACCUGACUCUGAGCAGCCUGGCUCUUAAAUUUGACGACUUUGAGGUACAAGACUACCAGCUGUGGUUUCAAGUUUAUUUGAUUCCUGUGAUAGCAAGCAUCCAACCAGACAGCCUGCGGGUGAUACCCGGUAACAUCAGCUGUGAAGCCUACGGAGCGAUAGUCACUGGCCUAAUGGAAAGCCUGAAGAUCCUGCCACCGCAAAUUUCAAUGGACGUGAGGUCAAGCCUGGAAUCACUGCAGGAGGCCUUCCCAGAUUGUGCAACACUGGAUUCUUUCACGUGCAAAGACACACACGUUGAUGAAAAACUCAUCUGCUCCGAGGUAGACAGCUCUCAACUCCACGCACUGGAAGAUGACAAUUCUACUGAAGCCGUGUGCAACUUCACCAUCACUGAACACGCCUGUGCCCCGACAAGACGACUCUCAGCAGAAAACUUGGCCACGCUCUUGAAGUGCUCUCUGGAAAGCAACCGGAUGUACGUGGUGGAAGUUUGGCAGCUUCUUUUCCAAAAAGCUUCUCCCGUACUCAGACAGGCUCUGGCCUCAUUCUCCGCCACGGCCCCCACCGCCAUGAGCGCAGCCUAUUCCAAUCCUCUUGAUGCUCUGAGAGAAGUGGUUGCUAAAAACCUCACACAGGCUCAACUGAAGAGUGAAGAUUUUGUUAGAAGCUGGUUCCAGAUGGAUCUCGGUCCAUUCCUGGCCUCCCCGUCAACAAAUUUCCUCUUCUGCCUUGGCACCUACAACUUCAGCUGCCAGACCUACCAGAUUGUCAUCGGAGCAUUCAGCAACCAAAGCCCACUGAUGGACAACGACAGAAAGCGAGCAGUCUUUACUCACUUCAUCCAACCAUUCCUUUCCAGAAAGGAUUUGCCAGACCCAGGCUGUGUGUCAUCCGCCAAUAGUAGUCAGCUCUGGCUACAGGCCAACUUUGGCAAUUUCUCUCAAUUUGCCAGCGUAGAGGAUCUGCAAGCCCUUUAUCCCAACUUCUCCAGUGCCGAAGUCCUGUCGAAACUGUCUCCCUCUCAGGUAGCAGAGUUUCUGCUGAGCACAGACAUCUCGAAUGACACACGACUUGUCGAUCGAGUCUUUGAGCGACUGCAGGUUGGAAACGCUGUUGAAAACGUGGACGCAUUCUUUACCAAACUUACAGAGAAGGAGGUCCCAGAGUUUCAAGUUGACGUCAGAGAUCGCAUCAUGAACAGGACCUACAUCAUCGUCGGUCCCUCUUUCCCAGAGUUCCCUGAAAAGGAUCUUUUUGACUGGUUCCAUGUCAAACUGGUCCCGGUUCUCCCAAGUUUCACUCCACAAAUGCUCCAAGAUGUAAUCACCAACAUCAACUGCACAAAAUACCAUGUCAUCGUGAGUGGGAUGGGCAAAGUUGUGUCUGCCGUAGCUCAGGAAAGACAAGAAGAAAUUGCAGCUGUUUUGCUGCAGUACCUGAAAAACUCUGCUGAUGUCAUCAACCGGCCAGCUUGCAGGGUAAACAUCCAGACCGAUUCCCAGUGGGUGGAAACAAACCUGGGCCCAUUUUCUCAAUACGCCACAUAUUUUGAGCUCAAAUUCUUCAACCUCUCUCAGGGAGCACUUGUGAGCGUUCUUUCACCCAAACAGAAAGCUGAGCUUCUGACAGAUCCAGGCAGCAAUGCUCUGGAGGAUGCCACCCUCGUAAAGGAGGUGCUCACAAACUUGACAGAGCCCGGCAAUGUGGAGCAGCUUGGUCAGUUUUUCCUGGUGUUCACACAGUCACUCCAGCAGACAAACACAACCUACAUCCAAAAUGUGGCGGUACGAGAGACCAUCUUAAACCUGACUCUGAGCAGCCUGGCUCUUAAAUUUGACGACUUUGAGGUACAAGACUACCAGCUGUGGUUUCAAGUUUAUUUGAUUCCUGUGAUAGCAAGCAUCCAACCAGACAGCCUGCGGGUGAUACCCGGUAACAUCAGCUGUGAAGCCUACGGAGCGAUAGUCACUGGCCUAAUGGAAAGCCUGAAGAUCCUGCCACCGCAAAUUUCAAUGGACGUGAGGUCAAGCCUGGAAUCACUGCAGGAGGCCUUCCCAGAUUGUGCAACACUGGAUUCUUUCACGUGCAAAGACACACACGUUGAUGAAAAACUCAUCUGCUCCGAGGUAGACAGCUCUCAACUCCAAGCACUGGAAGAUGACAAUUCUACUGAAGCCGUGUGCAACUUCACCAUCACUGAACACGCCUGUGCCCCGACAAGACGACUCUCAGCAGAAAACUUGGCCACGCUCUUGAAGUGCUCUCUGGAAAGCAACCGGAUGUACGUGGUGGAAGUUUGGCAGCUUCUUUUCCAAAAAGCUUCUCCCGUACUCAGACAGGCUCUGGCCUCAUUCUCCGCCACGGCCCCCACCGCCAUGAGCGCAGCCUAUUCCAAUCCUCUUGAUGCUCUGAGAGAAGUGGUUGCUAAAAACCUCACACAGGCUCAACUGAAGAGUGAAGAUUUUGUUAGAAGCUGGUUCCAGAUGGAUCUCGGUCCAUUCCUGGCCUCCCCGUCAACAAAUUUCCUCUUCUGCCUUGGCACCUACAACUUCAGCUGCCAGACCUACCAGAUUGUCAUCGGAGCAUUCAGCAACCAAAGCCCACUGAUGGACAACGACAGAAAGCGAGCAGUCUUUACUCACUUCAUCCAACCAUUCCUUUCCAGAAAGGAUUUGCCAGACCCAGGCUGUGUGUCAUCCGCCAAUAGUAGUCAGCUCUGGCUACAGGCCAACUUUGGCAAUUUCUCUCAAUUUGCCAGCGUAGAGGAUCUGCAAGCCCUUUAUCCCAACUUCUCCAGUGCCGAAGUCCUGUCGAAACUGUCUCCCUCUCAGGUAGCAGAGUUUCUGCUGAGCACAGACAUCUCGAAUGACACACGACUUGUCGAUCGAGUCUUUGAGCGACUGCAGGUUGGAAACGCUGUUGAAAACGUGGACGCAUUCUUUACCAAACUUACAGAGAAGGAGGUCCCAGAGUUUCAAGUUGACGUCAGAGAUCGCAUCAUGAACAGGACCUACAUCAUCGUCGGUCCCUCUUUCCCAGAGUUCCCUGAAAAGGAUCUUUUUGACUGGUUCCAUGUCAAACUGGUCCCGGUUCUCCCAAGUUUCACUCCACAAAUGCUCCAAGAUGUAAUCACCAACAUCAACUGCACAAAAUACCAUGUCAUCGUGAGUGGGAUGGGCAAAGUUGUGUCUGCCGUAGCUCAGGAAAGACAAGAAGAAAUUGCAGCUGUUUUGCUGCAGUACCUGAAAAACUCUGCUGAUGUCAUCAACCGGCCAGCUUGCAGGGUAAACAUCCAGACCGAUUCCAAUGAUCUGCGAGAACGCGCGGGCACAGGAGCACUUGUGAGCGUUCUUUCACCCAAACAGAAAGCUGAGCUUCUGACAGAUCCAGGCAGCAAUGCUCUGGAGGAUGCCACCCUCGUAAAGGAGGUGCUCACAAACUUGACAGAGCCCGGCAAUGUGGAGCAGCUUGGUCAGUUUUUCCUGGUGUUCACACAGUCACUCCAGCAGACAAACACAACCUACAUCCAAAAUGUGGCGGUACGAGAGACCAUCUUAAACCUGACUCUGAGCAGCCUGGCUCUUAAAUUUGACGACUUUGAGAGUCACUGGCCUAAUGGAAAGCCUGAAGAUCCUGCCACCGCAAAUUUCAAUGGACGUGAGGUCAAGCCUGGAAUCACUGCAGGAGGCCUUCCCAGUUGCUGCUUUGUUUGUCCCCAGUGCAAAGACACACACGUUGAUGAAAAACUCAUCUGCUCCGAGGUAGACAGCUCUCAACUCCAAGCACUGGAAGAUGACAAUUCUACUGAAGCCGUGUGCAACUUCACCAUCACUGAACACGCCUGUGCCCCGACAAGACGACUCUCAGCAGAAAACUUGGCCACGCUCUUGAAGUGCUCUCUGGAAAGCAACCGGAUGUACGUGGUGGAAGUUUGGCAGCUUCUUUUCCAAAAAGCUUCUCCCGUACUCAGACAGGCUCUGGCCUCAUUCUCCGCCACGGCCCCCACCGCCAUGAGCGCAGCCUAUUCCAAUCCUCUUGAUGCUCUGAGAGAAGUGGUUGCUAAAAACCUCACACAGGCUCAACUGAAGAGUGAAGAUUUUGUUAGAAGCUGGUUCCAGAUGGAUCUCGGUCCAUUCCUGGCCUCCCCGUCAACAAAUUUCCUCUUCUGCCUUGGCACCUACAACUUCAGCUGCCAGACCUACCAGAUUGUCAUCGGAGCAUUCAGCAACCAAAGCCCACUGAUGGACAACGACAGAAAGCGAGCAGUCUUUACUCACUUCAUCCAACCAUUCCUUUCCAGAAAGGAUUUGCCAGACCCAGGCUGUGUGUCAUCCGCCAAUAGUAGUCAGCUCUGGCUACAGGCCAACUUUGGCAAUUUCUCUCAAUUUGCCAGCGUAGAGGAUCUGCAAGCCCUUUAUCCCAACUUCUCCAGUGCCGAAGUCCUGUCGAAACUGUCUCCCUCUCAGGUAGCAGAGUUUCUGCUGAGCACAGACAUCUCGAAUGACACACGACUUGUCGAUCGAGUCUUUGAGCGACUGCAGGUUGGAAACGCUGUUGAAAACGUGGACGCAUUCUUUACCAAACUUACAGAGAAGGAGGUCCCAGAGUUUCAAGUUGACGUCAGAGAUCGCAUCAUGAACAGGACCUACAUCAUCGUCGGUCCCUCUUUCCCAGAGUUCCCUGAAAAGGAUCUUUUUGACUGGUUCCAUGUCAAACUGGUCCCGGUUCUCCCAAGUUUCACUCCACAAAUGCUCCAAGAUGUAAUCACCAACAUCAACUGCACAAAAUACCAUGUCAUCGUGAGUGGGAUGGGCAAAGUUGUGUCUGCCGUAGCUCAGGAAAGACAAGAAGAAAUUGCAGCUGUUUUGCUGCAGUACCUGAAAAACUCUGCUGAUGUCAUCAACCGGCCAGCUUGCAGGGUAAACAUCCAGACCGAUUCCCAGUGGGUGGAAACAAACCUGGGCCCAUUUUCUCAAUACGCCACAUAUUUUGAGCUCAAAUUCUUCAACCUCUCUCAGGGAGCACUUGUGAGCGUUCUUUCACCCAAAAAGAAAGCUGAGCUUCUGACAGAUCCAGGCAGCAAUGCUCUGGAGGAUGCCACCCUCGUAAAGGAGGUGCUCACAAACUUGACAGAGCCCGGCAAUGUGGAGCAGCUUGGUCAGUUUUUCCUGGUGUUCACACAGUCACUCCAGCAGACAAACACAACCUACAUCCAAAAUGUGGCGGUACGAGAGACCAUCUUAAACCUGACUCUGAGCAGCCUGGCUCUUAAAUUUGACGACUUUGAGGUACAAGACUACCAGCUGUGGUUUCAAGUUUAUUUGAUUCCUGUGAUAGCAAGCAUCCAACCAGACAGCCUGCGGGUGAUACCCGGUAACAUCAGCUGUGAAGCCUACGGAGCGAUAGUCACUGGCCUAAUGGAAAGCCUGAAGAUCCUGCCACCGCAAAUUUCAAUGGACGUGAGGUCAAGCCUGGAAUCACUGCAGGAGGCCUUCCCAGAUUGUGCAACACUGGAUUCUUUCACGUGCAAAGACACACACGUUGAUGAAAAACUCAUCUGCUCCGAGGUAGACAGCUCUCAACUCCACGCACUGGAAGAUGACAAUUCUACUGAAGCCGUGUGCAACUUCACCAUCACUGAACACGCCUGUGCCCCGACAAGACGACUCUCAGCAGAAAACUUGGCCACGCUCUUGAAGUGCUCUCUGGAAAGCAACCGGAUGUACGUGGUGGAAGUUUGGCAGCUUCUUUUCCAAAAAGCUUCUCCCGUACUCAGACAGGCUCUGGCCUCAUUCUCCGCCACGGCCCCCACCGCCAUGAGCGCAGCCUAUUCCAAUCCUCUUGAUGCUCUGAGAGAAGUGGUUGCUAAAAACCUCACACAGGCUCAACUGAAGAGUGAAGAUUUUGUUAGAAGCUGGUUCCAGAUGGAUCUCGGUCCAUUCCUGGCCUCCCCGUCAACAAAUUUCCUCUUCUGCCUUGGCACCUACAACUUCAGCUGCCAGACCUACCAGAUUGUCAUCGGAGCAUUCAGCAACCAAAGCCCACUGAUGGACAACGACAGAAAGCGAGCAGUCUUUACUCACUUCAUCCAACCAUUCCUUUCCAGAAAGGAUUUGCCAGACCCAGGCUGUGUGUCAUCCGCCAAUAGUAGUCAGCUCUGGCUACAGGCCAACUUUGGCAAUUUCUCUCAAUUUGCCAGCGUAGAGGAUCUGCAAGCCCUUUAUCCCAACUUCUCCAUCCUGUCGAAACUGUCUCCCUCUCAGGUAGCAGAGUUUCUGCUGAGCACAGACAUCUCGAAUGACACACGACUUGUCGAUCGAGUCUUUGAGCGACUGCAGGUUGGAAACGCUGUUGAAAACGUGGACGCAUUCUUUACCAAACUUACAGAGAAGGAGGUCCCAGAGUUUCAAGUUGACGUCAGAGAUCGCAUCAUGAACAGGACCUACAUCAUCGUCGGUCCCUCUUUCCCAGAGUUCCCUGAAAAGGAUCUUUUUGACUGGUUCCAUGUCAAACUGGUCCCGGUUCUCCCAAGUUUCACUCCACAAAUGCUCCAAGAUGUAAUCACCAACAUCAACUGCACAAAAUACCAUGUCAUGUGA